CAAAAAAGGAGGCGGCCAAAGGGCUUGUUGGCUCAGCUCAACGGUUGGCCUGACAUGGGGGCUGGUUCGCAUACUUGUAAGCAUAAUCAACCAUAUCUUGACGAGGCCACAUGGCAGCAAAUGGCGUGGGGCUAGCGGGCGAGAAAGAAUGUCGUUGGUACUUUUUUGCCUCAUUUCUUUUCUUUUCAGGCUGAAAGGGAAGAAGGCAGGAUUCCCAGUCUGGAGGAGUCUCGAGUGUUCAUUCACCGUUGAUGAUUAUGGAAGCAAACAUGGGACAUUUCCAAAGCUGUUGACGAUGCGGCUCUUCGUUCUCCCUUCUCGCCUUGUGGGUAUUUUUCCAGGUCUUGUGGUUAGUAAUCCGGUUGAGAAUCCGAGGUACAAGUAGGCAUACGCACUACCAGUAUUAGUCCGCUGGAGAAGAUGG